GUAUGGGACGGAGAAAAGACAGCAUAAGGUGGCGAUAACUAUGCCUUCUGUCCGUUGCUUCAUGACGCAGCUCUUUCGAGGGCCUUUUAAAAGGCGUCUUGUCAGCAGCAUCAUCAUCAUCCAUGGACGAGUUCGAAGAACUGGUAGUCCAGUCCGGUGAGCGUGAACCGGAAGCCCGUUCGGCUCCGAGGUUGGAGCUCACCGUGGAGGAGGCCAUCGAAGAGCACGUGGGGUCGCUGGGCUUCGCUCAACUGGUGCACGUCUUCCUCGUCUCCCUCGCAUGGAUGUUCGACGCACAGAACACACUGAUCACCAUAUUCAGCGACGCCCAACCUGCUUGGAGAUGCACACCUUCUUCUUCUUCUUCGUGCUCUUCGUCGAGCUCCUCGGACGGUAUGUGCGGCCUCGAUCGUUGUGCCUGGGAGUGGGUCGGAGGGAACAAAACCUCUAUCAUAGCAGAAUGGGGCCUCGUGUGCGAUCGAAGGUUCAGAGCUGGGAUUCCUGCAUCCUUCUUCUUCCUCGGUUCACUCUUUGGAUCAGCAGUUCAUGGCCGACUCGCUGACUCCUACCUCGGCCGCAAGAAGACGGUCUUCCUUUCGUGCCUCUUGACCUCCAUCACUGCCUUCCUCACCUCCCUCGCCCCAAACAUCUGGGUGUACGCGCUCCUGCGCUUCUCUAAUGGCUUUGCUCGCUCCGGGAUCGGUAUCUGUUGCCUCGUCCUCGCCACCGAGACCGUGGGAAGGAAGUGGAGGGGUCAAGUCGGCCAGUACGGCUUCUUCUUCUUCACCAUCGGCUUCCUAUCGCUUCCGCUCAUCGCUUACCCGGCGAGGACCUCAUGGAGGACCAUUUACAAGGUCAUCUCCCUUCUACCCCUCGUUUACUCCAUCUUAAUUAUCCCCUUCGUCUCAGAGUCUCCAAGAUGGCUCGCGGUCAAAGGAAGAACCGGAGAAGCGCUCGAUGUCUUGACCAAGUUUGCCAAACUCAAUGGGAAUAAGCUACCUGGGAACUUAGCGAUCUCCAAUCCCAUUGACACUAACGCCGGUAGCGCCACCAAACCUGAGAGUUUAUGGUCAUCAAGAUGGGCAACACGAAGGAUAGCCACGAUCAUGGUCACCGGCUUCGCCGUCGGGUUCGUCUACUACGGUUUUCAGCUCAACGUCGAAAAUCUCAACUUCAAUCUCUACUUCACCGUCGGCGUGAACGCGUUGAUGGAGAUCCCGGCGGUCUUUAUAGGUAGCGUGUUCCUGAGCUUCGCGAACCGCCGCACCCUCUUCUCGUCCUCGGCGUUCGUGGCCGGCGUGUCGUGCAUCCUCUGCAUUCUGUUCACCAAGAAGCCGACGACGAGAGGAGGCAACUUCGCGCAGCUGAGCGCGGAGUCUGUUGGAUUCAUGGCCGCCUCGACGGUCUUCGACGUUUUGUACGUCUACUGCGUCGAGCUGUUCCCUGCCAACGUGAGAAACUUGGCCGUCUCCAAGCUUCGGCAGUCGCUGAUGUUGGGUGCAGCGAUAGCACCUCAUCUGGUGUCUUUGGGGCGAUUGAGCCCAUGGAUUUCCUUCCUCAUAUUCGGUGGACUCUCCAUUUUCGGUGGGCUAAUGACGAUUUGGCUUCCGGAGACGAGGAAUGCUCCAGUAUGCGAGACCUUGGAGCAGCAGGAGAAACAGGAGAAGCUGAGCUCUGUACCUAUCACAGAGAUGGAGUUGUUGGAUAGUAGCAACUGAGGGUGUCCAGAGCGAUGUUUACGGUCCUGUUGUGAUGAUGGGGAGAAGGAGAAAACAGAGCUAUGAACAAGCAGUCGUCCGCUGGCUGCACGAAGAUAGAUUGAUUUUAA